AUGCAUGAGGAGUACUACCCGAUAUUUGCACCAGAGUACCGCGAGCAGGUGGAGUACUGGUACAACAAGACGGCAACAGGAAAACAGCGCAACACCUUCCGCCGCAUCUGCCAGGAGAUAUACGCGCAAGAUCCAGACAAGGAGGAGCCGGUGUACUGCGCGCUGUACACGCGUCAGGUCGCCCAAUGUGAGGUCAAGGUGAUGAUGAAAAACUACGGGAUCGUGCUGUCGGAUCUUGGCAGGAAGCUAGCCCGUGUCUGGAUCAUGCACGUGGCGUCGCGGCGCGACAAAGAGAGUUUUCGCGAAGUCUUCACCGGCGCACAGUCACGCUUCCUCCCCGUAUCCGUCAUGAAGACAGACUACGUGCCACCAGACGAGGAGGUGUACGGCGAAGUGGACCGCUCCAACUUCCUCUGCUCAGUCGACUGGUCCAACCCGGAGGCACAGGAGGAGCGGCAGCGUCUGCGGCAGCAACGCUUUGGCAGCAGGCGCCUCACCGUGCCGUCGAACCGGCCGCGCGUGACGAAGCCCAAGAAUCAGUUUGAUGGUGUCUCUGCGCUUGCCACACUGGGCUACGCUGGCGCUGACGAGGAGGAGACUAUAAAGACUCUCCGAAAAAAAUUAGACGAGCACGCCGAGCUGGACCGCUACUACACAGUUGACGGCUGUACUGUCUACGUCGCGGGGGGCUCGAAGAAGAUGAACCCAAGCGUUGCCAGCAGCGUGAAGUGUGGCAUCAUAGCGACGGUAUGCGGGGAUUGA